CCCCUGCUCGCCGCGGUCCUCACUUCAAUCACUCCAAGCUCCAUUUCUUUCUCCCAUCCCUUCUCGUAUAAUUUCAUUCCACAUACAUUUCGCUUCCUAUUUUUGCCAUAUUAAACCCACAUGUCACGUCGCAGCUACUCGAUCAUUCUCUUCGUGUUUAUCCUACUACAGGUGAUUGUAUCAAUGGCAGAAUUCGGCCUGGUGGUCGGCAACCGGGCAUACAUUGGCAAGCACCUGCCAUACACAUCCGGCUGGAUGAACAUAUACAAGUGGGUGAUAUCCCCGGCAUCAUUUGCAGCAUCCAUAGCCCUCCUGUACUUUAGCAGCAAGUCGUUGACCGGGCGCACCGAUGGACUUGGCGAAAAAGCAAUUCAGCGUAACAGCUUCACAAACCGCAAGCGCAAGCGCAGUGGCCGGUCAGUCGAGUUCUACGCUGCUAUCGUCUCCUUGCUGUUUGUUGGCGCUUGGUCGGUUGUUCUUGCGUUCCAAGUGCGCUACAAGCUCGAUGCAACUGCCGGUAACGACUUCAAGUAUCCAUUGGAUACAGGUCUCUUCUUGAACUACAAGUGCAGCGAAGCGCCAUUCUCGCUCAACAGCCAUGGUACGAAUGCCUGUCGGCUAAUGCUGGCCGAGUCAGCUAGUACACUGGUCUGCCUGGCCCUGUGGGGAGUGAUGUUCAUUGCUUCCAUGUUGCUCGGGUUGACAGCAGCCCGCCGUCGCUCGCGGAGCGUCCGGAGGAUGAAAGGGAAGAUGGUGGACAACAGCUAAAUUAAUAUUAACAGCUGCUCAGCGUGUCAGUUUGUAAAUUCCAACAUAAAUCUAGCUGCCUUGCUCCAAAGUCGAGCAUGGCAUAACGUUCCUGUCACGAGCAUGUGGCUUCAUUGGAAGGUUGGUUAGAAAUAAAUGUGUAGCUUAAUCUUUACUCCUUUAUCUUUCUCUACAUAUAUAUGAUUUUAUAGUC